GAUGGAUUGUUGAGCUUAUCUAUUAGAUUAGAUUAGAUUACAAACUCCAUCGCCAAAAAGAAGGAAAGACGAGAGAUAAUCAAUCUUCAUCGCCUUUGCCCCAAUCUCUCUCUAUUCUAGUGGGAUUUGUAUUAAUCCUAUCUAUCCUGGGGUGGCUUUCCUUUCCUUAUAAGAGAGGCUGGCUGGCUCGCUGUUGGUUUUAAUUAGUUGUUGAGUUGUUUCUUGUCUGUCUAAAUCUUCUAGAACCUCACCAUUUCUCAUCUGGCUGGGCUGUCAGUCACAUAUAUCAUGCAAUGAUUUAAUGACUGAUUCAUUUCUAGUGUUUGAGUGAGUAAUUACAGCUAUUGAAGAUGAUGGGGAUGAUGAGGAUGAUUAGGGUGGCCUGUUUGGUAACAAUGAUAGUGGUGCUCAUGUGGAGCAGCAGCACCAACACCAACAGCAGACUAAGAAUGGUGAGAAUGGUGAGCGGGAUUGGAGCCAACUGGGGGACACAGGCAUCCCACCCUCUCCCCCCAGACACCGUGGUCCGGCUUCUCAAAGACAACGGCUUUCAGCGGGUUAAGCUUUUCGAUGCUGACUACGACACUCUCAACAGUCUCGCUAAGUCUGGCAUUGAGGUCAUGGUCGGCAUUCCCAACGAUAUGCUCGCCUCUCUCGCCACCAGCGUUAAGGCUGCUGAGAAAUGGGUUUCCAAGAACGUCUCUGCCCACAUCUCCUCCAACAAUGUCAAGAUCAGGUACGUUGCAGUUGGAAAUGAGCCUUUCUUGUCAACAUACAACGGUAGCUUCCUCAGAACAACCUUCCCUGCACUGCAGAAUGUCCAGUCUGCCCUGAUAAAAGCUGGCCUUAGCAACCAAGUAAAGGUGACUGUACCCCAGAACGCUGAUGUGUAUGCGAGUUCAAAUGGAUUUCCAUCCGGUGGUGACUUCCGAACUGAUAUCCAUGAUUACAUGAUUCAAAUUGUGAAGUUCUUGAGUGACAAUGGUUGCCCCUUCACCGUGAACAUCUACCCCUUUAUAAGCCUUUACAUCGACUCCAACUUCCCUGUUGAUUAUGCCUUCUUUGAUGGCAAUGCCUCACCAAUUACUGAUGGUAGUGCAACUUACUACAAUAUGUUUGACGCAAACUAUGAUACUCUUGUGUGGACCCUGCAGAAGAAUGGCUUUGGAAAUUUACCAAUCAUAGUUGGAGAGAUUGGAUGGCCAACAGAUGGCGACCGGAAUGCUAAUCUAGUUUAUGCUCAGAGGUUCAACCAAGGUUUCAUGUCCCACAUAUUGGGUGGCAGAGGAACCCCAAUGAGACCAGGGCCAAUUGAUGCUUAUCUGUUCAGUUUGAUUGAUGAGGAUGCUAAAAGCAUUGAUCCAGGAAACUUUGAACGACACUGGGGAAUAUUUACUUUUGAUGGGUUAGCAAAAUACCAGCUUAACCUUGGUUCCACAAAUUCAGGGGCAUUAGUUCCAGCAAAAGGUGUGCGCUAUUUGGAGCGUAAGUGGUGUGUGAUGAAGCCUUCAGCAAGCCUUGAUGACCAACAAGUAGCAUUAAGUGUGAGCUAUGCCUGUGGACUUGCAGAUUGUACUAGCCUUGGUUACGGGACAUCUUGUGGAAACUUGGAUGAUCGAGCAAACAUUUCAUAUGCUGUUAACAGUUACUACCAGAGGAACAAUCAACUUGAUGAAGCUUGCAAGUUUCCAAACCUUUCAAUGAUCACCAAAACAAACCCAUCUGUCGGAUCAUGCAGAUUUGAGAUAAUGAUCGAACCAUAUUACGGAGCUGCAGAAAGGAGAUCCGGGCAUCUCCAAAAGCCUCUGAGCCUGGUUGCACUUUUGGUUUUCUUUAUGCUAACACUUGUGUGAGUUCCAAGGCUUUGGAUUCGUGAGGAACCACAUUUGAUGUAGGAUAGUGUAGUGGAAGGUAAUGAGCAAUUGACAAUUGCAUAAUUGUAGUUCAAAUUUGUCAGCAGUCUGCAUAUUUGAAACUAGAACUGCUUUGAAUUAUUGGUUUACCAUGGAGAAGGUUUUGUUAGCCAGCCA